AAUCUCUGUCUAUUUUGAUAUUGUUCCAUGAAAGAAUGCAACAGAGUUGAUGGAAUCAGAGCAUCCCAGUAAAAUUGCACAGGCCGAGCAACGAAUCACUCGUACUAACAGCUUAAAAUUGCAAUUUUCACCUUAAAAGAAGCAAAAGAAAAAAUAAAAAGCGAGCCCACCAAGUGAAGAGCCGAGCCCAACUUUCUCGGUACGAAUCCUUGAGGUCGACCCGUCCCAAUUAAUGUCUCUAUUCCUCUUCCAUUACCGUUGAAAAAGGCCACGGACAUAAACGUCCAGAUUCAGCUUGGCAAGUGAACAAAACCAGAGUCCGAAAUCAAAAUCGCUGAACUAGAAACGCGAUUUUUGUUAGAAAAUCGUAGAUGCAAAUGUAAUUUGGCGUUAAAACGGGACAAAGCGGCCGAAAUUUUUUCUCGGCAGCCAUUUUCUCCCUCCCGUCACUCAAAAAUGCGCAGCAAGGACAAGAUCGCUUACUUUUAUGACGGGGAUGUGGGGAACGUGUACUUUGGGCCGAGUCACCCGAUGAAACCGCACAGGUUAUGUAUGACUCACCACUUGGUUCUCUCUUAUGAGCUACACAACAAGAUGGAAAUUUAUAGGCCCCAUAAGGCAUACCCAGUGGAGCUAGCGCAGUUCCAUUCUGCGGAUUAUGUGGAAUUUUUAAAUCGAAUAACGCCAGACACGCAGGCUUUGUUCGCGAAUGAGAUGGUGAAAUGUAAGGAGUAACUAAGUUUAUGUUCUUUUGUUUGUGAUGAGUGUGGAAAAGCAUUUUAUUAUCCUAGGUUAUGAAGGAAUUUAAUUUUGUUAUUCUCUGACAACUUUAUAAAGUUGAAUUUAGUGUUUUAAAGAUGAAUGAUGCUGAAAAAUGGAGAUAUUUAUAUCAGUGGGAGUCUUUCACUGAUUUAACACUGGACUUUAUAAGCAAUUUUAUUAAUUUUUGAUAAUCAUUGAAUGCUUUUCGAUGUUUGUAGUACUAUAGAUUAGUUGAUGAUAUAUAGUUUCCCUACGAGGCUUGUAUUAUUAGAAACCAAAUGUAAUU